AUCGUGAUAGUGCACAAGUGUUUAUAAGCACUUCUAAUAACUUCGCACGUCGCAAUUUUCAGUUUGGAUUAUCGAGUGCUGUUUAUUUCAACAUGAAUACUAAUAAUCUGUUAACAAACUUGUUGCGCUGUGGUCAACAAUACAUGAAAUUCUCUAGCGUAACACGGCGCUAUGCUUCCAUUGCUGCAAAUCCAGCAGAUAAAGACAAUACAAAACCAAAAACUGGUAUAUUAAUGUUAAACAUGGGUGGUCCUACCAAUACUAGCCAAGUCCACGAAUAUUUAUUAAGAAUAAUGACUGAUCGUGAUAUGAUUCAACUGCCAAUUCAAAGUACAUUAGGUCCUUGGAUAGCCAAACGUCGUACCGCAGAUGUGCAAAAAAAGUAUUCUGAAAUUGGUGGCGGAUCACCGAUUCUUCAGUGGACCAAUAAACAGGGUGAACUUUUAUGCAAAAAGUUGGAUGAAAUUUCGCCCGAAACCGCACCUCAUAAGUAUUAUGUUGCUUUUCGAUAUGCAGAUCCUCUCACGGAUCAUACUCUCGACAGGAUGCACGAGUACGGUUGUCAAAUAAUUUUUUUAAUGCGAUGCAACGUGAUGCAUAAACUGUACGAAAUUAUUGAAAUCAAUCCUUUUUUCAGCGAUGGGGUACAACAUACUAUACUGUUCUCUCAGUAUCCCCAAUAUAGUUGUUCAACUUCUGGUUCUAGUUUUAAUGCUAUAUAUAAUUAUUACAAGACUAGAGAGUUGCCAAGUGGAAUAAAAUUAAGUAUAAUAGAUAGGUGGGCUACACAUCCGCUUCUCGUAAAAACGUUUGCUGAAAGAAUUAAAGACGAGCUUGCACAUUUUCCUAGCGCAAAGAGAGAUGAUGUUAUAAUUUUAUUCUCAGCUCAUUCCUUACCGCUGCAGGUUGUAAAUAGAGGGGAUUCUUAUCCCGCGGAAGUUGGAGCAACAGUUGCUUUAGUUAUGCAACAGUUAAAUUAUUGCAAUCCAUACAGCUUAGUAUGGCAAUCAAAGGUCGGGCCUACAGCCUGGUUGGGUCCUUUUACUGAUGAUGCAUUAAAGGGCUAUGUUAAGCAAGGCAAGAAAAAUUUUAUUUUGGUGCCGAUUGCAUUCGUAAAUGAACAUAUUGAAACUCUUCAUGAAUUGGACAUAGAAUAUUGUCAAGAACUUGCCGAAGAACUUGGUAUCGAGAUGAUACGAAGGGCUGCGGCGCCUAAUGAUCAUCCUAUUUUCAUCGAUGCUUUGACAGAUAUUGUUGUGUCUCAUCUUAGAUCAAAACAAUCGGUGAAUCCCAAAUUUUUAACACGAUGCCCUCAUUGUAUAAAUUUAAAUUGCGGAGCUAGUAAAAGCUGGUACGCUAAAAUCUGUAAAACUUAAAAGAUUUAUAAAAGUGGAAUUUAAUAUUUAUUUUUUAAGACAUGAAUAAUUGCAUUUUAAGAUAUGAAUAGUUGAUUAAUUAUUUAAUGAUGCAAUA